AUCAUCACUCCAUCAGACUCAAUUCCUCGGUCGGUGUCCACAUCCAGACAUAAACUAUCCAGCAAAGUUGUGAUGCUCAGCCUAUUCUCAUGAUGACAUUGUAAUCAUGGCUUUCAAUCAAUAAUCACCGGGCUCUAAGAAGCUCGUUUUACCUCAGUCGAGGGCUCAGCAUUAAGCAGGGAGAUACCCUCCAUAAACCAGCAAGAUGAUCCAAUUACUGUCCCAGUUAUUUCGAACACGCCUUGCUCAUACCAACACACGAUCAAUAGACAUAUCACUGUUACCGCGAUUACAUUGAUAGUGUUGAAAACCCUACUUCUGACUUGAAUGUCACACCAGUCGGAGAUACCUGGUUGGCACGUCUCUAGAUAUGGCGUCAAUAUUUACCUUCGACCCCGACCCUCCACGGGUUUCCUCGCCGUGGUCGACACCUACAGCAGUGACUCCGAAACAGAGUGCUAUACCAGGAACUUCUACAGCACCGGCCUUGGGAUUGGACAACAGCCCACUCAGUCUGCUCGAAUCUGGCGGCCAUGGAGCAUCAGUCACCAAGCUGGAAGCCGAGCCCCAGGAGGGUCCAACAGAGUACAAAUUGCAUUUACUCCUUCGUCCACGCCGAUCCUUCCGCUCCGCCUCGACCAAAUGGAAACUAGCGGGUUCCAACCGCUCUAGUCGUCCCGGGAAGACUCCAGGAGAUGCAGAGACAAUGGUGUCCUCCCCUAGCCAUGGCCCGGGCAGCAACCGUUCUGUAUCAGAUUCUAUUGUCACCAAGACACCAUCUCUGGCUUCUUCUAACCAGACGCGCCAGCACCGCCUUGAGCAGCUGACCACUCAGCUUCUCUGGCGACUCCAGCAAUCAGCCCCCAGCCAGGGAGGCGGACGUCAUGAAUCUAUUAUCCCUGCAUUUCCAAAUGAAUCCUCCGGAUUGACAUCCCGACCUGUCCAAGUUGGCCGACUUCUGCCUGGCCUUGAGGAAAGCAGGGGUGCGUUGUAUGAAAUUGGGGUCGCGGACGACGGAACCCUAGUUGGACUCGCGGACGACGAGAUGCAAGAGAGUUUAGACAACCUUCGAGCCAUGGCUGCAUCGCUGGGAUGCAUUGUCGACGUUCUGCGGAAACUUCCUGUUGGUGAAUGCCAGUGGUAUGAGGAUGACGAUACGGGGGCUGAGCAGCCAACAAGGGUGCUGAAAUCCGGUCAACUUUGGGUUGCCGAAGCAUUCGUUAAACCUAAAUUAUAUGAUGCUGGGAUCAAUUCUAGUCGAAAAGAGCAUGACACUGGUGGUAUUGGACCAGACAUUUAUCCUAUUGCCCCGGGGCUAGGGCCUACGCGAGAUGAAGUCAGCAUAUCUAGUCCGGUUGGACAGCAGUCCCUGGCAACGCAAGUGCGAGUAUGUUUUGUCGGUGCUACUCCUUCUGGAAAAUCCAGCCUACUCGGGACUCUCACGACGGGAACUCUAGACAACGGACGGGGAAAGAGCCGACUCAGCCUCCUUAAGCAUCGUCAUGAGAUUGAGUCUGGGAUGACCAGCUCUCUGACCCAAGAACUCAUUGGGUACCGUGACGAUCCUGCGACUGGACAAUCACACAUCAUCAAUCGCUCUGUUGACCAUGUCGAGUCUUGGGUUGACGUUCAUGCUGCCUCGCAUUCGGGGAGACUCUUGCUGCUCUCUGACUCUGCAGGCCAUCCACGGUACCGUCGGACCCUUCUGAGGGGACUCAUCGGCUGGCAACCACACUGGACGCUGGUUUGUAUCCCUGCGGAUAAUGCGGAAGAUACCUCUGGCUUGAUUGGGGCCACACCUGCUUCUCAAGAAAUACUAGGCCCUGGUGCAGCAGGUGUUGAUCUCUCUCGUGCACAUCUAGACCUCUGCCUCCGCAUCGGGCUGCCACUGGUAGUGAUCAUCACCAAACUGGACGUUGCCUCGAAAUCGGGCCUACGCCAAACAUUGUCGACGAUUUUGACCGCAAUCAAAGCUGCUGGACGCAAGCCGGAGAUGAUACAAAGUGCAGAAACAGCUGCACCACCUGAUCUAGCUACAAUUGCUGCUUCCGAUCUUGAACCGAUCCGAUCCAAAUUGGCUCCUCUCGCACAAGAUCCUACAUCAAUUGUCCCUAUUGUCCUAUCAAGUGCGGUCAAUGGACGAGGUAUCAAGGCACUGCACGCCGUACUACAUGAGCUCCCAACUCCAAUCACGGCUGAUCACCAAAUUGAUACCGUAGGAGACCGCACUGACUCCUUGAAUACUCUAUUUAGGGUGGAGGAUAUCUAUCCAUGGCGAGCGAUCGCCUCUCCUGGCCCACUUCCGAUCAGUGCCUCGUCAGGAUCCCUUAAAAUAUUGAGCGGACUUCUCAAUCAUGGCAGCAUCAGUGUCGGAGAGACGCUGUUGCUCGGUCCGUAUAUGACAAAAGGCAGCGUUUCUAUAUCCGAAAGUGAUGCCGAGUCUGGAGAUGACAACAGCAGCGAACCUGACAGCACGCCCGGAUCGCUUGGACAUCGUGCACACCAUCAGACCAAGAGCAUUCAUGCGCAGUAUCUGUCUCCUGGAACGCACCUAGUCACCUCACGGUCUUACCCUGGCGCUCUUGACAAGAAGAGCAUCGAGCCACUGCCACAGCGCCGUGGAACAUCGUUGGCGAAGACCACUUGGCGUCCUUUCAGGGUCGUAAGUAUUCGGAACCUUCGGCUUCCAGUGCAGACUCUUCAGACAGGCACAGUCGGAACUAUCGGCGUCAUCUCACUCGAUGGUGAGGAUGCAGGCAGAGUCCGCAAAGGCAUGGUUAUGGUGAAUGCCGGUGCCAUGCGUCAAUUGAGAGCACGGCGCCGCUUCCAAGCUCAAUUCGACAACAGUGGCCAAGUCAGCUCACGUACAGGAGUCAGCGAGCUUCAAAUAGGUUCAAUGGUGCUGGUUUAUGUUGGCAGCGUUAGAGCUAGCGCAAAGGUCAUGGAGGUUGAUCACAACCCGUCAAACGAAGAUGGGGGUCGCCUGGGGAAUAUAGCGGAGGGCAAAGAUGGAGUAGAUGAUGGAUGGAACUUUGGUUUUGAGGACGAAGAAGGGGAUACAGGUGAGCCUAGAGGCAGUGGAAGCCGUGAUACGUCAGUCACUGUUAGCUUCCAGUUCAUUUCCACUACAGAAUUUCUGGAAACCGGAGCGCAGGUGUUAGUGGAGCCUAGCGGUGGGCAUGGGCUGUAUAUUUCACAUGAGCGUGGUGAAAAGGGGCUUGCUGGGCUAGAGUUCUUUAUUGGACGGGUCAUUGACUGAAUCGCGGUCAGAGGUGUUACUAGAAGGCACAUGAUAUCCAUUAUUUCCCUUAGUUGUUCUUCAAUCUACGGCUCAGAGU